GGAUGCUGAAGCGUCCCCGGCCCGUCCGCCCCAGCCAGCCCGCUCGCGUCCGUUGUUUCUAAACUUUUCGCACACGCACCACUUUUACCAAGAUUAUGGUGUCGAUAGUGGAGUUAUGUGAAGACCUAGACCAUGGUUCUACCAGCUUAAUAAGCAUGUAAAAAGGACAUAAAUGAUGGAGCUACUGCUCACGUGGUUCAUACUCGGUUUGGGGAGCAUCCCAUCGAUCAACUGCAAUCCGGACGCGAAGCGGCUCUACGAUGAUCUCCUGUCGAACUACAAUCGUCUCAUCCGGCCCGUGGGCAACAACUCUGACCGGCUCACGGUCAAGAUGGGUCUUAAGUUGUCGCAACUCAUCGAUGUGAAUUUAAAGAAUCAAAUCAUGACGACGAAUGUCUGGGUGGAGCAGGAAUGGAACGACUACAAACUCAAAUGGAAUCCCGAAGAUUACGGCGGGGUUGAAACCCUGCAUGUGCCAUCCGAACACAUUUGGCUUCCGGAUAUUGUCCUUUACAAUAACGCUGAUGGUAAUUACGAAGUCACAAUAAUGACCAAAGCAAUACUACAUCAUACCGGAAAAGUGAUGUGGAAACCUCCGGCCAUCUACAAGUCUUUCUGCGAAAUUGACGUAGAAUAUUUCCCGUUUGAUGAGCAAACGUGUUUCAUGAAGUUCGGGUCCUGGACCUAUGAUGGUUACAUGGUUGAUCUGCGACAUCUAUCACAAACAAAAGAUUCAAACGACAUAGACGUAGGCAUAGACUUACAGGACUACUACAUAUCAGUAGAAUGGGACAUCAUGCGGGUACCAGCAGUACGCAACGAGAAGUUCUACAGUUGCUGUGAGGAACCCUAUCCGGACAUCAUCUUCAACAUAACCCUACGAAGAAAGACACUCUUCUACACGGUGAAUCUAAUAAUUCCUUGUGUGGGUAUCUCCUUUCUUUCUAUUCUGGUAUUCUACCUACCCUCUGACUCCGGCGAGAAGGUGUCACUCUCCAUUUCCAUUCUUCUUUCACUAACCGUGUUCUUCUUGCUUCUCGUUGAGAUUAUCCCACCUACUUCAAUCACUGUACCAUUAUUAGGGAAGUACCUUCUCUUCACCAUGCUGCUGUGCACCCUCUCAGUAGUAAUCACCAUUGCUGUGCUCAACGUCAACUUCCGGUCACCAGUCACCCAUAAACUAGCACCUUGGGUAAAGGUAAUCUUCAUUGGUUUUCUACCAAAGUUUCUCUUCAUUGAAAGACCUGAAAAGGAUGAAGAAGAAGACAAACAAACAGAAAGCGUGCUCACUGAUGUUAUCCAUGUGCCGUCAAUGUUGGAUAAAUGUAAAUCCUUUGAUGCGUUUGAUCUUGGCCUGCCUCCACCUGGAGAUGUAAUGAGGCCUUGUUUUGGUGAGGCACCAUUCCCACCGCUGCCAUUGUCCGGCGCCGAUGAAGAUCUCUACAGUCCUGCCACCUGCCGCACCAAUACAAUGGAAGGCAUCAGUGAUGUGAGCCCAACCUUCGAUAAAUUUGGGCUGCAGGAUAUGGAGAAGACCCUUGCGGACGCCAAGUUCAUUGCUCAACACGUCAAGAACAAAGACAAGUUCGAGAAUGUCGAGGAAGACUGGAAGUACGUCGCGAUGGUGCUGGAUCGACUCUUCUUGUGGAUAUUCGCGCUUGCAUGCGUUAUCGGAACGGGGAUGAUUAUCUUCAAAGCGCCCUCGCUCUACGACACGGCAAAACCAAUCGAUAUUCAAAUCUCAAAAGUGGCCAAGAAAAAUGCAUUGCUCAGAAUGGUACCGGAAGAAUUGUAAGAAUUAAUAAACUGAAUGGAUAAUAAGCGUAUUGAAACGUACACGACGGAUAAUUGAGUACUUCCAAAAUGUUAAUAAUAAAUGUUAAUUGUUAACGAAGAUGUUGCUGGCGUAAUUGAUGAUUAAACACGAAUGGUACGAACAAAGUUCGCGGCGAGGCGCAGAUGGACAUUAUAAAGGAACAAUACUCCAUAUUGUAAUGCGAUAACGAUGAUAAUCAUUAUUACAUAGAACUUGUUUUUGUUAUGGAUAAACUAUUGGAAAAAUAACGAAAUGGACAAAAUGGACACUAUUGAUUAUAACUAUAAUUGUGAGUUGUGUUUACUCUCAAAUAUUAUUAUUAUGAUUAUUACUGUGAGGAUGAUGAUGAUAAGCUGUUUUCAUUUGAUCGAAAUAUUAAUUGAAUAAUAAGUACUGACUGUAGAAUUGUUGCUAUUAGUAACGUACUUUUAUCGAACGAACGAACGAAAUAAAUUUUUUGCAUUUAACAUUAAUUUUAUCGCUAA